UUACGAUGUAAGCGAUUCACUAUAAUAUACAAUCAUCUUAGAGUGAAAUACUAAGUGCGUAAAUAGUUUAGGAGAAGAAUAUGCAAAGUAAAUCAAAUUCAUUGAUAAAUAAAUAUUGUGUUUUAUGACAAUGCGUGGCUAAUUUUGACGUGAAAAUGAGCAAAAAUUGAAGCAAGACAAAAAAUUUUAAACCCCUGAUAUUUCAGCAGAAUUUUAUAGACCAUGCAGGGAUGUAUAUAUAGUGAUAUAUACCGUGCGAAUUCAUUUGUCAUGGAAUAUUUGAGAAUAUGCUCAGCUUCCAGAGUGUAGAUUGAUAUUUGAGAAUAUUCUCAGCUUCUAGAGUGUUCACUUGACGUAAAAUCAUGCACCUGCAACACAAGUGAUUGUCAAACUUAUGCAUCAAUUGGCUAUAUAGGCAUAUAUAAUUUUUUUCAAUUGAAAACUACACAUAUACAUAGUCGCUAUACGCAGAAUCGAUCAUGCAUUCAAUAUCAUAAAAGCUGGGAUACUGGACCUUCGACGACAACCUGAACUGUCUUUUUAACGUUUAAGCUAAGUACGGGUGUUAAACGGGCUUUUAGUCAGGAACAAAGUGCAUCUUUUUUCAACCAUGGAACAAACACUUGUGCCGAUUUUUACCAUGGCUACCCGUCUCAAAGAUAGACAGUUUUAAGUGCCUAAAGUUCGUUUCAGGCUCUGGACGAAGGAACUUGGCAACUUUGACGUUUGCGAAGUUAUAACCUCGAUACAAGACGGAAAACAUUUGAUAUAAAAGAACAAGAAUGAUAGAAUGAUAAUCCCAACGUCUGCCGCAAUUAUGGAUUCAAACAUCUCUCACAAGCCGUUUGCUAAUUCCACACCUGAGUUGGGAGGUAGCAUUUUCAAACCAGCCUAUGAUUCCUGUCUCAUCGCUUUAGCAGUUUGUAUUAUCGCCAUCAAUGUCCUUGUCGUCUAUUUGUUUGCGACGAAAGAUUACCUGAGGACGAAAACCAAUAGUUUUUUGGUCAGCUUAGCUUUGUCUGAUCUCCUGACGGGGUCGUUGUCAAUUCCUCUCUUCCUGACAUGUACGACUACUUUGAAAGCGCAGAUAUGCCUUGCAUCUGGUUUAUUCUAUCGUGGUAUAGCGGUGUCUACCAUGGCUCAUAUAAUGGUUGUGACACUGGAAAGAUACGUCGCAGUAAUGUUCCCAAUGAGGUACUAUCGUAUGGUAACCAAAGGUCGUGUGUGGUUCUUUAUUGCUUCAGUAUGGUGCUUCUCCUUGUUUUAUGCGACUCUUCAACUAGCUUGGUUGAACGUUGGCAAUCACAAUCUUACAAAUGCACAAUUGCACAGAAAAUAUGAGAAACCUUAUAACCUAAUAGGCGUGUUCCUCUGUUUUGCCAUCCCUCUUUGUAUCAUGCUAUUUUGCUUCAGUCGUAUGUUCCUCGUGAUUCGUCGACAAGUGAAACGAAUCCGAAAACAAGCCGAACUCGCUGCCGACCCUCGGAAUCGCUCGAUUGCCUCCGACAAGCGAGCCCUGGUUAUAUUCGCUGCGAUGUUAGGAAUUUUCACAAUAUGUUGGCUGUCUUGGUAUAUUAUGUUAUUUCAAGCUCAAAUAGGAAAGAAUGCGUUCUUGCCUGAGAUCUUAUCAGAUAUUUUAGACUUCUUGAGAUUCGGAACAAGUUUCUUCAACCCAAUGUUGUAUACAUUUUUGAAAAACGAUUUCCGGCGUGCCGUGUGUUCCCUGCUCAGAGAUCAUUGUCAAGAUCAUUGUCCGAAGUACCCGAUAUUUACCCCCAGACGGGAUUCGGGAGCGUUUAGAAUGACUCUGACGACAGAUACAAACGGCAAACAGACGACAUUGCUGAAUGGAGACUCCCCAGACCAAAAGAAGAAGGAGAAGUUUGAUUCUCAGGAGAUUCCAGUCAAGCAGCCUGAAAAUGAGCAACUGAUUACGCAUGUGUAAAGUUAUGAUGUCAUGCGCACACUGACGAUUUGCGGGGAACUAAAAUGCGGUUGAAGUGACUAUUUUCUCAAAUGGAUGUCUAAAGAAGUGUCUUUUAAAUAUUUCAGUGUUUUAUCUAAUAUUAACAGAAAUCGGUGAGGGCAUUUCUUAAGAUCGCUAAUGUUCCAAAUUGCUGCCUUCAUCGUGAUCUGAAAUCAUCGACUUUAGGUUGUCAAGAAACAUUCCGCCAUUAUCGUGUGAAAGUCUACGUUUUUUAUGAUAUCAGAGUUCCAAAUAACCCUGCGUCAUCUUCGCUGCGAUGAAGAUGUACAGCUGUGUGGUAACCCAAUUAGUGAUCCCAUUUAUGCAACAUGCAAAACAACUUGUUUGUGAGAGGGCAGACAUUGAUAUCACAACAUGAAUAAUAGAUGGAAGCGAAAGCUGCCGCAAAUGGCGCAAAGUCGCACGUAACUCCGGGAGAUUAAGUUAGAUUAACGUACUAUAAAAAAACCGAUCUUCAGAAAUACCGUGAGACCCAUGCAUCAUGUUGUUUAAGAAGGUCUGGGACUUACCGCUUUCCUGUUUUUCGCGGAGAAAAAACAGAGUGACGAGCGGUUCAUCGUUACCCUGUAUGUAUCCAUCAUUACCCUGUAUGUAUUCAUCGUUAUCCUAUAUGUACCCUGAAAUGUUACUGACGUACUUUUCAUAACCUUAGAUGUACAUAAUUACUAUUUUGAUGAGUGAAAAUAUUGUGGCAAUGUAAUAAGUGCAUAUGUUAUAAAAAUUUCACAGCUUCUUGUAAUGAGAAUUAUGAGGCAAAAUUUUAAUCAAGAAUACGAAAUACAACCGUGAUUUCACCAACGCCUUCCGGCCGCCGCCAUUUUGAAUUUGGACUGGGGAAAGUAUU